GUCUGGAAACAGAAAGGAGAAGAGUACCGUAUUGUGAGUGGUGGAGGCUGGAGGUGGGUCAGCUCAGUACGUAGAAACAGACCAUUACCAGCCCCAAGUCCAGCUAAGAUACUUCUAGAGAAGAGUAUAACAAAGAUGAAACAAAUGAAGGAAGAGGCUGUCAUUAAAGCUAAAGAAGUGGACAAACUUAAUUUCAAGACUCCAAUGUCAAAAGAGAAAAAUGAAACUGACGAUAAAGAAGAUCAUCCUGAUAAGAUAGUAGAAUGUACGGGUGAGCCAAUGGAAACACAACCAUCAACUAAUGUGGAAUGUAAUGUCAAUCACAUAAAAUCAAUCUCUCUUACAAAGAAGGAAAAGAAAACGUGUGAAGAGCUGAAAAUUGAUGAGGAUGUAAUUAAUGUGAGCAAGGCACUAGCGGAACAUACACACUACAAAAAGAUUGUGAAGCGGUCUCGACUAGAUGGUUUUCUUGACCGUCGACAAAAACAAUUUGCUGUUGAAAUGAAAGAAUAUGACGAGAAGAUGAAAAAGUACUUGGCAUACAAGAAAGCAUUGGAAGAAAAAAAGAAUUUAGAGGAACGCAUUUUAAUGGAUAAAAAAAAUCCUCCUUUGAAUAAAGUUUUGCCAGUUAUCAAAAAGGAAUUAGAUGACACUGCAUUCACAAGAUUGAAAAGCCAGAAAGUCAAUGUACUUCUGAAUGGGGAAAAUGCAGAUGAUAUGAAAACAUUUACAAGAUGUUACUCGCCGUUAUGUGUUAAACUGAUUUCAAAUAGAAAUGAUUAUGUGUGUUAUUCCACACAGUGUACUGGUAAUCAGGGUUUACAGUCAAAGCAUCUUUCAAAGGCCAGUCUCAAUAACAAGGAAGAUAUGAUUAAAACUGCCAUUAAUUCCUGUGUUGUGUCAACUAGCAAUACCAGUAUCAUUCCAACUAGUAAUGUAUUAAGUAUAGCACAGUCACCAUCUAGUGUUAACUCUCAGCCAGUCACAUCGACUACAUCACUGUCUCCGCUCACUCAGGUCCCUAAAUUGAUUACUGGUACUCUUGCCAGUCCUAAAAAUAUUCUACCAAACACAACAAACUCAGCAGCUGACAAUGUAACGUCAUCAUUAGUACUUCCACCCAUUCCGAAGCCGAAUUUAAAUAUUGUAGUUCCAUCCAGUGUGUCAAAAUCAUCGGAUUGUGGUCCUACCAUCAUAAGUGGAUUGAACACUAGUCUGGGCAGUCGGGCUAUUGUAUCAUCUGCCACUGUCCAAACGUCCAGUACUAUACCGUUCACCACCUCUCUUGCGUUUACUAACUCCAAGUCUGGUCUGCAAACGAUAACCACUCUACAGCAUGGUACAAUGGUUCAGACAACUCAAAACAAACAAACUGUAACACCAUCUGACUUGAAUAUAAAGUCUGUAUCAAUAGGUACCACUAAUAGUCCUAGCUUGAUACCCAGUGUAACUAGCAGUAUUAAUCCCAAUAAACCAACCCUAGUUACCUCACAAAACACUGUGGUCAGUAGUGCAAUGGCUUCUUUGCUCAAGUCAAUCAGUACCUCACUUAUAUCAGUUGAUUGUCCUAAAGAAUACACAUCUGCAGGUAAAAUUUACCUUGCAAAGUUUAUGCGUGCCAGAAAAUCCACCAAAAAAUUGGCCAAGCCACUGCCAACGUGUUGUAAAUUUACUGCAAAGAGUGGGUUGAAAAGCAUAUUUGUACUACGUCCUGAAGAGUUGAGAAAGAUCAGUCGCCGGGGAGGGAAAUAUGAGGUACCAUCCUUCAACUAUAAUGCAAAAACUACUAACGUAAACUGGAACUAUCCAGCACCAAGGUGUAGAUUUAAAACUGCAUGGAGAUACAGGGUACAGACAUUAAGGUCAUUAUCAGCGGCAGGGUUGUUACUUCGUAUAGUGUGGGCAUGUGUACGAUGGGACGACUUAGCAGUAAAGCCACCAUUUGGCGGAAAUAAUACCGUGACCACAGAAGAUGAUAUCACUACAACUGAAAUAGUUAAGAAACGAGAUGUGCCACCAGACCACCUGAGAUCAGAAUAUCUUGUACGAAAAAUUGUCUGCCCCCUUGGGGGUAUUAUGAAAGAAG